UUAUUGUGUAUAUUUUAUUUUGCUUAAUAGUUUCAUUAUAAGGUUUUAUAAAUCGAGCAUAAUGGAAAAUGAGUAUGAUGGCAAUGUGAGUAGUCAUGAGCAAAACAAUAAACAAAAUGAUAUUAACUUAUCAAGACUCAUAAAUGAAACAUGGAACUUGGAUGUACCUACUUUGGAAGAAGCUGUACCUGUUUUAAAUCGGGGUUUGAGAAAUCAAUUCGAACAAGUUGAAGUCGCGAUAACUCAAUGCCCUAAUCUGACAUCAUAUUUUUGUCUCGCUGCAUCAGGAUUGUGUGGCCAUGUGGAAAUUAUAGAAGUUGGCAAUCACAAACAUGUAUAUUAUCCGUCAAAAAAAAAAGAAGGUUUCAUGGAAUAUUCCAUAUCUUGUAAAUGAUUUUCGUAAGAGAAGACCUUACUUUGUUCUUGGAGGAGGCAUGUUAUACGAAGAUCCUAAAAAGAGGUACAAACUACUUUAUGGCAUAUUGAUCCUUAAAAUAUUUGA